CCUGCUGUUAGGUUUGCCACCAGCUGGUGAUUUCAGUGAAACAUCUUGUGGUUACAACCGGUGUCUAUCAUAGCGUGGCAGUGGCAUGGCGGUCAAAGGACGGGUUAUUAGGCUGAGUCAUGUUGUUCACCAAGAAAUGCGCUCGGUCUCCCAGAAUUGCAUUGCCUGGAGUGUCAUACUAUCUUUGAUAUAAGGAAACACAUUUGUCGUAUCCUUAUUUCUGGGAAUGCCUUCAAUCAAGGCAUUUGAGACUGGAAGGGCAAUAAACUCCCAUAGCCAUGCCCCAAGGAGCACUGGGCUCAGCAUAAAACCUGGGAUAGAUUUUCCUAGGAGCUGGUUUCUGUAGCUGUUCCACUGUCCUGGUCAGAGCCUGGAAAGCAGAGUGCCCCUUCGUGUACUAGGCUCUGCAGAGAUGUACGCAGCAAGUCAAAAGGCCGCUUUUGUGCAUGCCUUACAAAUGGAGCUGGGUACUAAAAAUGGAGCAUCUGCAGUGAGACCUGGAGUACAGGAUAAAAACCUCUCACACUGCACAGGGCAAACAGGGUAAUUUUCUAAUACUUUGAAGAUUCAAAUGCACUGGCAAAAGGCACAACUAUGCCAAUUAUUCUGUGCCUUUUGCAGCAGUGCAAGAAAAGGGGAUUCCCUCCUGCUCCAAACAGAGAAUACCUCAUUGGUGCAUGGUCCAAAAGUUCCCCCAUUUUUGUAGUUUGACUCAAUUAUUAACAGAAACAAGAGUUAUGCAGCUUGGCUCUUCCUAGGCUUUACCUGGAGGGACCCUGGUGUCCCAGCCCCUCCUUUCCUGUGGCUAAAGGGUCAUCGUGCACUCUGUGCCGUGGUAAAAUUAACAAACCACACCUGCUAUUACAAGACAGGAGAAAUGGGCAAACUGUAGGGUUCAGACUUGUGCUAUCAGAGCAGGGCGAUGAACAAAUGCUGCCAACCUUUUAGAUGCACCUUUCGUCCAAGGAUUUUAAAGCACUUUUUGUGCCCCAAUUGAUUUAAACUCCUGUGAGGUUAGGGAGUGUCACGGCCUGGCUCUGUGCUGCAGGGGAGCCGAGGCCCAAAGGAGUGGUAUUCUCUGCUUUGCUACUGGAUUGCCUUUCCAGCACUGCAUUUCACUGUUCAGAAAGCUCAGGAAAUGCUUCCGCUCGGCCGGCAGGGAAGGAGUGUCCAGGUUAAUGCUUCAGUGUUUGCAGGGCUCACUACCCUCCUCAGACAAGGGCAGGUCUGAGAACCAAUGCACAUUUACCAUUGGGCUCACACAGACGCCUUACCAACAUCUGAGAUGGGUUCCUGGUCUGGAGGUUCCCAUUUCCCCUGUCAGGAUCCUGCACGGAUCUGAAUUUAGUGCAUAAACCAAAGAUACAGAAGCCACCACCUUGAUAAGCACCUUGAGAAGCAGGGAGUCUGUAUGUGCCAAAUGCAUCCAAAUGCUGGAUUAGUGUGUCCUGUUUAAUCCCCGAGAUCUAUUUUCAUGUCAAACUCACCCUGCUGUAAUUCCACCUGUUUAUUUUAGCAGAUAGCCCUGAUUUGCAUCAGGGGGAAAGCAGCCCUAACUCUGUCCUGUGUCGAGAACAGGCUGACUGCAUUCGGGAUCUUGAGCACAACCCCCUUUUAUGCUGCUGCAGUCCUAAAGCAGCGCUGCUUCAUUCAAGCUGGGGCAGGGGACUCAGCUCUUCACCUUUCCUUCAGAUCUAUUUAUUUUCAGUCCUCCUGUGAUUGCUGCAUCUCAGACCUGACGACACCGUCAGACCUUGUCUUUAUUCACACGAGGGCCUUUUGCCAGUGCUGCAGAGCAGAUGAGAACCGGGGCUAGAUGCUGAUGUGCACUGUUACAGCACUGUUGAAGUCGACAGCGCUGACAGAUGUCAGCGGCAGCUGAUACACUCCCGAGGCAUCCUGCCUGUUCUCGGGGCUAGCUGGUAUUGGCAGCAAUUCUCUUUUCCUGAUCUUGUCCCAGCACAUCCAAAUCUGAAUCGUUUCUCCCUCUCCCUGACUUUUCAGGUGAAAAUUAUUGACCGGUACUGAAAUUCUCCUUCAGCCAUAGUGGGCUUCUAGGGAAGAUGAAACAAGGCAGUAAUAGCCAAGGGGCUUCUGAGUCUGUUACUAGCUCCUCUCGGUUUGAUUUUAGUGCAAGAGUUGUCACUCAAAUGGUCUGGCACCACGUCAGAACUGAAGUGGAUUAGGUGAUUACACCAACUUGGAGCAAAUCCUUCGGUCGUAAUCUCCUGCUGGGGCUGUAAUCUGAAAGACUCUUCUACAUUUUACUUCUUUUCUAUUUUCGCCCUGAACUCCUGAUGCCCCUGCUGGGUUUCCACUGCUGACCCACCCCUUAUUGGCCCGAGAAGGAUUUGCUGGGUACUUAAGUACCAGGUUUGAGAGGGUUGUGCAAUUUAAAAUUGUCCCCAGGCAAGUGCCUGAUGGCGCUCUGUGACCCAUGACACUGAACUGGAAAGAUCUGCGGGCUUAGGUGGUUUGCUUCCCUUUAUACAUUAUAAAUCUCACAGUAUUGGCUCUUCUCGACAUUGAAAGACAGAAAGCAGAAGUUUUUUGGGGAAAAAAGGAACAUUAGAAGGAGACGGCUGCUACUUUCCCGAAGAAGCACAACAGUCUCGGUUCGUGGAAAUGGGGAACAUGGAUGGGAAAUCAGUAGAAGAACUGAGUGCCACCGAGUGCCACCAGUGGUAUAAGAAGUUCAUGACGGAGUGUCCCUCAGGCCAGCUUACCCUGCAUGAGUUCAAGCAGUUUUUUGGCUUGAAAAACCUGAGCCCAGCAUCCAAUGAGUACAUGGAACAAAUGUUUGAGACUUUUGACUUCAAUAAGGACGGCUACAUCGACUUUAUGGAGUACGUGGCGGCUCUGAGCCUGGUUCUGAAGGGCAAAGUGGAACAGAAGCUGAGGUGGUAUUUCAAACUCUAUGAUGUGGAUGGGAAUGGCUGCAUUGACAGGGGAGAAUUAUUAAAUAUCAUCAAGGCUAUUCGAGCCAUUAACCGAUGUAACGAAUCCAUGUCAGCCGAGGAAUUCACAGACAUGGUGUUCGACAAAAUUGAUAUCAACGGAGACGGCGAGCUCUCUCUGGAGGAGUUCAUGGAGGGCGUGCAGAAGGACGAGCUGCUGCUCAACAUCCUCACCCGCAGCCUGGACCUGACACACAUCGUCCGGAUGAUCCAGAACGACGGGAAGAACCCGAACAGCCCAGAGGCAGAGGAGGCGGCUGAAUAGACUUUUUAAAAUGGAUUUUUUUCCUUAACUUUCAUUAAAAACCCUUGGGGUGGGGAAAUGGGUGAGCUGUCCCCACGCUAGCAUGAUAAGAGCAUCGCCCUAGCAGGGUAAUCACAAGCUCCUCUAAAAGGUCAUACCUGCCAGGUCCCCGGUGAAUUGUGAGGCCAACGUGGACCAGCCAUGAGGAGACCCUCUGGGCUGGGUGAGUGCUGCCAGGGAGCAGAGGUGUUGAUGAUGAUGAUAAAGACUCAUAUGGUGGAAGCACAAGGGCCAGAAAGCCAGCAACAGGUAGAAGGGUCAAUGUGAAUAAGGCCUUGGGCACUGGAAGGAGGGCUGUAAGGGCAGUCAUAGAUGAUACGGUCAACCGUCUGAGCUUGAGUACCACAGCUUCGCUUCAGCCAGUGUUGUUGGAGAGGUCCCCAGAGUGCAUGCUUGCUUUAAACCAUCCCACACCUGUUCUGAGAUGGUUCGGAGCAGUCCAGGCCCUGCGGGACAGCUGCCAACCCAAAGGGAGGAUAUUGGGGAUGAAGUUCUUUAUCUGCAGUUCUCGUGCAGCAUGUUUCCUGCUUGACGGAUGGGAAGUCCAUGCUGUAGGUGACAUGCCAUCUGCAGAUUCAAUGAGCUUAUUGGCCUGAGUGGAGAAUGGGCUCCAAGACUUUAGGUGGUUGUUGGUUUUCUGGCUUGCAGGUACUAGGCUGGAGUGCAAAGAAUGGCCUGGAUCUUGGGCUAUGAUGCCUACGUAGCAGCUUGUCUCUGGACGUUGGGGAGAGGACUGGUAAGCAGUCAACUGGGGUUGGGAUAGGGCAUGCAGUAAUGGUCCUCAUGAUGGUCCAAGGAGGCUCUGGACAGGGAGGAGCUGCUGAGGUGGCUCACGACCAUACAGCCAAGCAGUACCAAGACCCAGCUCCAAGGAGGAUUUCCAAACGGUGCCACAAUCACCCCUUGUUAGCUGGGUGCCUCUGUACGUUGCUGUUGCUGCUGCCUAGGGAGAGUAGGGAUGAUCGCUGCGUGCUCCAGAGGAAGCACUGCUGAGAAAGGUCUCCCUGGUGCUGCCAGGGAGCACAAGCCCCUUCUGAUUAGGGCAGUGAUGGGAAAGUCCUGUGCGGCUUUUGGGUGUCACACUGGAGCCCACCACAAUUUAGACUGUACUACAAAGUCCACAGCUGUGCAAGGUGUGCACACUUACAGCAUAGGGUGGGAUGAUCUAGUUAGGGCUGGUCCUGCUUGGAGCAGGGGUUUGGACUAGAUGUGACCUCCUGAGGUCCUUUCCAACACUCACCUUCUGUGAUUUCAGCCACAGAGGAAUCAACGCUGAAAGGAUGGGGGUUCUGGGCAGGGACAAAAAGAACCUCCAAUCUAAUCUCCUUUUCUCUGACCCAUGGCAACUCCCAGAAAGGAGCAGGCCCCUGAAAGGCAGGACCACAGCACCUGGGACUGUGAUCUGCAUCUUCUCCUUCCACAUGCAUUUCAGGGCAGCCCUGAGGUUUGCUCUGUCUGCAGAUUAAAUCAGUGAUUGUGGUCAGUCAUGCUUUUGCUUAUUAGUCAUAAUGCAUUAGGACUGUAUUUAAACUAAAAGUUGAUGCAAGGUAAGAAUAAUUAUCAUCAUCUCAGAAAUGAGAGAGAGAGAGUGUUGACUGCAGCAACAUUUUGUCUUUCUUUAAAAACAUGAAGAAUGUAAUAGUGCCUUUUUCCUGAUGUUGGAACUAGCUAAAGCUCUGUGUGGCCCUGGUUCUUCAAGACAGAUCUGCAAGGCAGCAAUGACAAUGACUUGAAAGGUAACAGCUUCAUAGAUGUCUGUAGGAAUACUCCUGUGCUGCAGUCAGGCAUCUGUACACAAAGAGCUUCCCUGAAUUGCAUACAGAUGAUUUUUUGUGGAAUUCUUAUCUAUUGAUACCUGUUGCCCACAUUUUGGUCUCAGUUACACUGAUGUGAAUCCAGAAUAACUCUCAUAAAUGGCCCAUCUGAUUAAGAACAACAGCAACUGCUGUUAGAAACACCAUUGUAGGAGGAAAGGAUUUUUUUUCUAAGUUGUGGACUGUGUUAAUAUUUCUUUCUGGCAUCUCCAGGGAGAUGCAUUUGGGUCAGCCUGGGCACAACAUAAGACUUGGCAAAUAUACAGCUGCAGAAGAGAAGGAAAACUUCUCUCAAAGAAACUGAGGACUGUAUGUGGCCUAUAUUUUCCAGGUGCUGAAUAUGUAUCUUUGACCAACUGGUUGGCCAAGCCUUUUAUUUUUUCUUAUAACUGCUUCUUGUGCCUAGACUGAGUAUAGGAAUCUGUAAGUACAUUAGGCUGCCCCUUUGCCUGCCAGAACCUGAAAUUUCCUUCCCUUUUGUAAUGCAGGUGCCUGAGAUUUGGGGAUAAGUAGACCCCAAGGGAGCUGUGGGUCCUCAGUUCCUCUGACAACCAGACCAUGCUAGUUCUGUGUCUUUGCCAGCUCAAAAUGAAGAAGGCUGGAUAAUGCAACUGAGUUGUAUCUUUAACCCCAGGCUUCUCCCCUCCUGUCCCUAAGAAGAGUCAGGAGUGUUCAUUCUUGCUGAUGCCAGUUUUUAGUAUCUUAUUUGCUUAGGAUUAGCUGUCUGCUCCCUGGGAAUGGAACAAAACUGCCCGUCUCACCUUCCACAUGGAGCACAGACCGCUAAUUUCCGCGUGAGGUUCAGGUACCAAGCCCCCAGCCCAGUGGAUGUGGAGGGUGAUCCUGGUUUCCUGCUUUUCAUUUCUUUUCCCAGCCCAGGUUACCUAUUCCCAUAGCGAGUGCAUUGCUGAAAGGCAGUUUAAAUCACUCAUACGGGAUAUGAAGUACCACAGUCGUAUUCCCACACUCCCUGUAGCAAGAACUUGUUUUCAAUGAAACAUUGAGGUGCAAUUCAAAGGACCAAGUGCGAUGCCCAGGCCACAAACAUCAGAACAUGGUCCUUGAGUCCUGAGUCCAGCCCCUUAGGGCUAGCAGCAGUGUAAAUCAGUGCUAGUUAACCAAUAUCAUGGGCACUUUCCUGGUGCUGCCAGAACAGGUGUAUCAUCUUGGCUGCACCCAGUACUCACCAGACGCACAAGAAAAGUUGCAUAAUUAAUGGUUAAUCAGCACUUCCAACCUAAGCAACUGAAUGACAGUGGUGACUGAUUAGUAACUGCCCAUCCCCAUCUGUUACGUGCUCUUGGGGUGGAAGGUUUCUUCUCUGAACAGAGCAACAGAUGCACAAGCGAUUAGGUGGGCCACGGAGCUUACUACCUAGCAUGAGAGGUUUACAGCGUAUAAGCAGUUUUCGAAAUGUGCGGCUGUUAUGUCUGCUCCACGUGAUUGCCUUGGACCAAGCUAAGGGUCAUGCUUUGGAGCCUGCAGUGUAUGUGAAGAGCCAAUAAAAAGGGGAUGUUUUACAGA